CAGGCACAAUAUAUUACAGUCCAGGGCAGCGCUGCUGCUGGAAAGCUCGCUGGAUCCUCCACUGACCUGCUGUUCUUUCCUGCUUCUUCCACAUUUAGAUUAAAAACAAAGCUCUCCCUCUCUCCUCCCACCCCUCCUCGUCGUCCCUCUGUCCUGCAGCACUAGUCCAGUAAGCGCGUGUGACAGAGAGGUUACAGGAGAGGACUCUUCUUCAUGACGGUGUCGGGAUGCUUUGCCUGGAUGACCCGCUCCGGCCCCUGAUUGGACCUUGACUGGCCGUGCACCGGAUGAAAGAGGAGAAUCUGUCAGUCGCGGGGACAAGUCUGUUCAUCAUGUCGUUGUUGCGCGCAUCGAGCGGUGAAGUGGACGCUGGGCGCUUGCGUGGAAACCCUUUGAUCUAGAAGAGUUGGACGACUGAACCGGGCAGUGCGUGGCAGAGGUGUGGGGGGCCAGCCCUGACUGACCUGGCCAUCAGACGGACUCCUCUCCCGGGACCAUGUUCCCGCAGGGCAGGCAUCCGGUCCCCCUGCAGCCCGGCCAGUCUUUCAAGUUCACGGUCUUGGAGACUCUGGACCGGAUCAAAGAGGAAUUCCAGUUCCUCCAGGCGCAGUAUCACAGCCUGAAGCUGGAGUGUGAGAAGCUGGCCAGUGAGAAGACCGAGAUGCAGAGACACUAUAUCAUGUACUACGAAAUGUCCUACGGUCUCAACAUCGAGAUGCACAAACAGGCGGAGAUAGUGAAGCGCCUCAGUGCCAUCUGUGCUCAGAUCAUCCCCUUCCUCUCUCAAGAGCACCAGCAACAGGUCGUCCAGGCAGUCGAGAGAGCCAAGCAGGUCACCAUGGCUGAACUCAACGCGAUUAUCGGGCAGCAGCAGCUCCAGCACCUGUCUCACCACGCUCCUGGCAUCCCUCUGACGCCGCACCCGUCGGGCCUGUCCCUGGGUGCGGGCGGCUCGGGGCUCUUGGCGCUGACGGGGGCUCUGGGUGUUUCAGCACACCUGGCUUCCAAAGACGACCGCAAUCACCUGGACGCGGAGCACCUCCGAGAGGGAGCGCCCAGCAGGAGCAAGUCGGUGUCGUCCACAGACAGUCAGCCCAACGAGGAGCGUCAGGGUCCGUCAGGCGGCUACUCCUCCUCUCAGGGAGGGGCAGAAGCCAAGAGGAGGCGCUGUGACGACAAAGAUUCCCUGCAGCCGCACUCAUUCGACAGUGAUGGAGAGAAGAGUGAAGACAAUCUGGUGGUCGACGUCUCCAAUGAAGAGCCAAACUCUCCGGUUGGCAGCCCACCACACUCCCCCCAUGGAAACGGGUUGGACCGAGCGCCGAGCCUGAGGAAAGAGGCCCCCGGCUCCUCAGGAGGAGGAGAGGCGAACUCCACUCCAAAUUCAUGCAGCCCCACUCCGGCAAAAGCUAAGGACUUGACAACGAUGGACAAGUCUCAGUCUCCGUUGUCGAAAUCGGGUACGCCUUCCCCGUCCCACCGUGAGGCCCUCACCCCGGGAUCUGGCGGAGCUCCCGGACCAAGCACCUCAUGUCUGCGUCUGGUCAGCAAAGCCGCAUCUGCAGCUGACCCCCACGCUCUCCGCAAUCCCAUGUCUGUGCCCCCUGGUUCAUAUCCGGCUCAUUUUGGCGUGGUGUCCCACUCAGGGCUGAAUGGGGAGCUGGCCAGCCCAGGUGGCUUCGGUGGGGCCCUGACUCUGUCCCCCCAAAUCAGUGCAGCAGCCAGUGCCUACUCCCGGAGCCCCAUGGUGCCGUACGACUCUCGAACUCACCUGCGAGCCCCGGGUCUGUCCUCCUCACUGCCCGGUUCCUCCGGGGGGAAGCCAGCCUACUCCUUCCACGUGAGUGCGGACGGCCAGAUGCAGCCGGUGCCCUUCCCCCCCGACGCCCUGCUGGGUCCAGGGAUCCCUCGCCACGCCCGGCAGAUCCACACCCUCAACCACGGAGAGGUGGUGUGCGCCGUCACCAUCAGCACCUCCACUCGACACGUCUACACCGGCGGCAAAGGCUGCGUCAAAGUGUGGGACAUCAGCCAACCCGGAACCAAGAGCCCCAUGGCCCAGCUGGACUGUCUGAAUCGUGACAAUUAUAUCCGUUCAUGCAAAAUUCUUCCCGAUGGACGGACACUGAUCGUGGGCGGCGAGGCCAGCACUCUGUCCAUCUGGGACCUGGCCACGCCCACUCCUCGCAUCAAGGCGGAGCUGACGUCCUCCGCUCCAGCCUGCUACGCCCUGGCCAUCUCUCCCGACAACAAGGUCUGCUUCUCCUGCUGCAGCGACGGCAACAUCGUGGUCUGGGACCUUCACAACCAGACGCUGGUCAGGCAGUUCCAGGGUCACACAGACGGAGCCAGCUGCAUCGACAUCUCCAACGACGGCACCAAACUGUGGACGGGAGGCCUUGACAACACUGUCCGCUGCUGGGACCUUCGAGAGGGACGGCAGCUCCAGCAGCAUGACUUCACCUCACAGAUCUUCUCUCUGGGUUACUGCCCGACCGGCGAGUGGCUGGCUGUGGGCAUGGAGAGCAGCAACGUGGAGGUUCUGCACGUCUCCAAACCUGACAAGUAUCAGCUGCAUCUCCACGAGAGCUGCGUUCUCUCUCUCAAGUUCGCUUACUGUGGAAAGUGGUUUGUCAGCACGGGAAAAGACAAUCUGUUGAAUGCAUGGAGGACGCCGUAUGGUGCCAGUAUUUUCCAGUCCAAGGAAUCCUCCUCCGUGCUGAGCUGCGACGUGUCUCCAGAUGACAAGUACAUUGUGACAGGAUCCGGGGACAAGAAGGCCACCGUGUACGAGGUGGUCUACUGAGGGGAUGCAGGACUUCUGGGUGAUCUCUCGGGGGGAUUCGUCACAUCAGCAUCAUCUGCUUCACUUUCAAAGGACGGUCACCCUCCUCAGCCCUAAUAAACUUCUCUUUCCGCUGUGAUAUAAGCUUCUCCGGAAUCCCCCCCCCCCCUCGGCCCCAACCCCUCUUCGAUGUUUAGCCGGAGGACGAGAGGAGAGAGAAUGAGGAGGCAGCCAGAUAAGGAGGACAAACGAAAAGGGCGGCAGAGCGUGAAGAUAAACUCAGGAAGAGAGAGGUACGAGCAGGAAGAGAUGGAGUGAGAAUAAAUGGAAAGUUGGAGAGAGGAGGCGGAGGGGGCUUGCUGGAUAAUUAGGGCUGUUUCCUGAUGAAGAGCUCAGUGGACGGGAGGCCCCCAGAGGAGGUGCAGAGCAGCACUGAGGGAGCGGCAGCCAGCAGCUCUGAUACCACACAAUCGAUUCAUUAGCCAGACAGUGGAAGCCGUAAUGAGGCCGCCGCCGCCGCUGGCUCUCCCCGGCGCGAGGUGUCAGGAGCCGCCCCACCAUGCCGCCGCACGCCCUCGCGCAGCUCCGGAUUCAACAUUCAGAGCAGCCCAAUAUCUGGUUUAUUUUGGUCCGACUAAUGAGCAGCCAAGUCCCGGCGAGAGUCCGCAGACACAAACCGUAAACAUCCACGUCGCUGGUUCCUCCGGAUUCUUCUCUUGGAGCGUGGCGACGUCACUGUCAGGCAAAGAGCAGGGCGAAUUAACACAUUAUGUCAUUGUCCGGGGCCAAGUCAGCUGGAACUGGUCCACUGUCUACUGCAUUGUUGUUGGCUAUGUCCACAUUACCAAGUUCAUACACUCUGUUUUACUUUCUUUAUCCCGCACCCCGUGCUGAAAAUGACACUUAUUUAACAUAGCACUUUUCUUUGAGUGGAUGAAAAACAUUUACAAUUUUGCUAAUAUACUUGUAAAAUCUAUUUAAAUAUUCAUAUUUAAAUUCUUAAAUACUGAGAAGAACCAGGCUCAACAAAUGGUUAGAAGGUGUGUUUAUUAUUAAAGUAAAAAUUAAAUAUUCUAGUGUUUGGACGUUCUAAAUACGACAUAAUGAAAAACAUACACAGAAAUAAAUAAGAAGACUUUUUCUUUAUUAUCUUGACUUGUUUGAAAUUUCUGUUUGAAAACAACAGUGUGUCUGUAAGCUUUUCUUUUAAAUCAACGUUUUCCCCUGUAGUGUGGAUGUAGCCUCAGAAUUUCAUUUCUACAUUCUUUGAGCAAAACUUUUAUUUUUGUAUUUACCUCUGUGUCGCAUUAUUAUUAUUAUUUUUAAAAUUUGAUCAGUAUGUCAAGGGGGCGAUUGGAGAAUCAAACUUUAAGGAGUAUCAUAUUUUGUUUUUUCUUAUUUUUGUUUACAAACCCUCCAUGACAGCAGCAGAGAAAAGUCCUCAUGGUUGUUUGUUGUGUUUGUUUUUAACUGAUUUUACUGUUUCAAUGUGUUUUUGUGUAUUUUUACUGUGUUGAUUUACUUCACCGCUGUCGCACAGGUCUCUUAUUGUCACACAGCAGUAAUAUCCAAGACGUACAAGGUAGAUCGCAGUAUGCAGAGUAAUUCUUCGGAAUGUGUGGUGAGACCUUUGUGACAGCAGCUCCUCUCCACAGUGACACACUCCUCGUCCUCCCUUCUCUCAGAAAAACCACCGUCUCUUACACAAGCUUGUAUCUUCUCUCAGUGCUGCUCCAUCAUGGCUUUGGGUCUCGGUGGCGUAGCAUUAACGCUGGGGAACUUGUGUUUGAUACUCUACUGGCCACUUCAUUGCCUGUGCGUCUUUGUUUUGGGAUGUUUCUCUGUUAAAAGUACAACUCAUUUUUCCUGACUGAAGCCAAGGAACUUUCGUUUGAGAUUCGCUGUCUUCCCUCCUGAAGUGUCACCCACCUGUGCUGUACACAACAAGCUCUGUGUCAACAAUAAACCCAACUUGUGUCCCUU